AUGGGGAAACUUAUUCGCCUCGAGCUCUUCAACUUCAAGUCCUACAAAGGACACCAUACGUUACUAUUCGGUGACUCGUAUUUCACAUCGAUCAUUGGACCCAAUGGUUCUGGGAAAUCCAAUUCCAUGGAUGCAAUCUCUUUUGUACUCGGCAUUAAGUCUUCACACCUUCGAUCCGCGCAUCUGAAGGACUUGAUUUAUCGCGGCCGAGUGCUGAAGACAUCGAAAAUAAACGACGAUGGCUCGGCCGAUGCUCCAAAUGGUAACGGCCAUGUGAACGGUCACGGUGACAACGAAGACGGCGAUUCUCGACGAGCUUCUCGAAAUGAUCCGAAGACUGCAUGGGUCAUGGCCGUUUACGAAGACGACGCGGGCGAUGAGCAGAAGUGGAAGCGAUCUAUCACCUCUCAAGGAUCUAGUGAAUAUCGCAUCAACGAUCGGGUUGUUACUGCCCAGCAAUACAACGAUGCGCUCGAGGCUGAGAAUAUUCUGAUCAAAGCGCGCAACUUCCUUGUAUUCCAGGGAGAUGUAGAGGCCAUCGCCGCUCAGUCACCACAGGAUCUCACUCGCCUCAUUGAACAGAUUUCGGGCAGCCUUGAAUAUAAGGCUGAAUAUGAAAGGUUGGAGAGGGAAUCAGAAGCUGCCGCUGAGAAUUCAGCCUUUCACCUUCAUCGCCGCCGCGGCAUAAACUCGGAGAUCAAGCAGUACCAAGAGCAAAAAAGGGAGGCCGAGAAUUUCCAAAAGAAAACCGACGAGCGCGAUGCGGCCAUCGUCACCAAGACUCUCUGGAAGCUGUAUCAUUUCCAACGCAAUAUGGAUGACUCCAGCUCCUUAAUUCACGAGCAUCAAGAAAACCUCAAGGAGUUUCGCCGCAAUGUCGAGGUGUUCGAGAAGAAGUUAGAAACCGCGCGCAAAGAGCAGGCUGUCCUGGCACGAGAGGUAUCCAAGGUUGAACGAAAUAUCAAGACCAAGGAGCGGGACAUAGAGGAUACCCGCAACGGCCUCGUUCCCAUUAAUGAAAAGAUUGAGCAAAGCAUGCGAGAGUCGAGCCAGCUGCGUGAGAGGAUUGAUACCUUGACGAAGGAGGAAAAUGAGCAGGCUGAGCUGAUCAAGAAGGUCAAGAGUGACUUAGUGAAGGUGGAAAAGGCCCAGGAGCAUGAUGAAAAGGAAUAUAGGGACCGGAUGAAGAAGCAGGGCAAGGAGCUGAACGAUGCAGACCGAAAGCAGUACAAUUUGCUUCGAGCCCAAGUGAUGGCCAAAACAUCUGCGAAUCAGACGAACCUGGAUAAUCUGCUGCGCCAGCAAAAAUCGGACGAGGUCACGGUGAACACUUUCAAGGGCCGCUUGGACAGAGUUACGGCUACCCUCGAGAAGUUUGAACAAGAGCUCCAGGCUACCACAAGCCGCAAAUCAGCCGCACAGGCGUCCGCUCAGCAGCUUGCCAAGGAGAUAGAGGCCAAGAAGAAAGAGUUCAACCAGAUCCAAUCCGAGCGGGUACGAACGAAUCAGAGACGCACCGAAUUGGAAGAGCGCUUGGAGGACGUCGCAAGGAAACUGCGCGAGGCGGAUGACGGCAGACGUCAAAACGACCGUGAAACCAGGCUGCGCGACAUGGUUACGUCCCUGAAAAGAAUCUAUCCCGGAGUCAAAGGCCGCGUUGGCGACCUCUGUAAGCCGAAACAAAAAAGAUUCGACGAGGCUGUUAUCGUAGCACUCGGUCGCGACUUCGAUUCAGUCAUUGUGGAUACGGAGAAGACGGGUGUCGCCUGUGUUCAGUAUCUCAAGGACCAAAGGUUUCCGCCCAUGACCUUCAUUCCUCUGGACAACAUUAAAGUCAGCGCUGUAAAUACAGCCAUCAAGGGCAUCUCCGGGGCCAGGCUGACGAUUGAUACAAUCGAUUUUGACCCUCACCUCGAACGCGCAAUGUCGUACGCCUGUGGAAGCUCUGUGGUUUGCGACAGUCUAGAUAUCGCGAAACGGAUAUGCUACGAGAGGAGGAUACCAGUCAAGGCGGUCACCUUGGAAGGAUUCGUUAUACACAAGGCAGGCCUGAUGACUGGUGGUCGUGGACCCGAGCAUAAGGGCGGCAAGCGGAGGUUUGAGGAACAUGAUGUCCAACAUCUGCAACGUCUCGCCGCACAAUGCAAGGAUGACCUCGAAAAGCUUCCCAAGGCAGACCGGCGCGGUAAUACGGAGGAAUCUCUGCAGAUCGAACUCUCGGGCCUCGAGCAGAGGCUUGCCUACGCUAAGAGCGAACUCGCCGCCCUCGACAAGAAUCUGGAGAGCACCAAGAAGUUGAGAGACAAUGAAAGCAAGAAGCGUCGAGAAAUCGAGCCCGAAUUUACCCAGAAGCGCGAGGCGUUAGAGCGUAUCGUUCAAACUGUGAACGAGUUCCAGGAGGCAAUCUCGCAAGUGGAGGAUAAGAUCUUCGGCCCUUUUUGCAAGAAAUUGGGGUAUAGCAAUAUUCGAGAAUACGAGGCCCAGCAAGGCAGCAUGGAGCAAGAAAUGGCCGAACAACGCAACGUCUACGAGGUUCAGAAACAAAGGCUGAAGAGUCGUCUGUCCUGGGAAGAAUCGCGCUACAGCGAGUCUCAAGCUCGGAUCGAACGGAUGCAAGACCAGCUCCGCCGACUGCAAAAAGACGUUGGAUCGUACAGGCAAGAGAAGAAGAGGAUAGAGCGAGAGCUAAGCAGCGAGGAAGAUGAACUCGCUGCGCUCCACGAUGUAUUGGAGGAACACAAGGUCAAACAUGCCGACAAGAGUGAACACGUCGGACAAGCUCGCGCCGAAGUUCAAAAACGCAGCAAAGAAAUCGAGACUAGGCAAAAGGAAAUCAGCGCUCUCGAGACGGUUGUGCAGCAAAAUAGCAAUGGGAAAUUCAACCUGUUGCGACGAUGUAAGCUCGAGCAGAUCCAGGUUCCACUGCUCGGCGGCUCGUUAGACGACCUUCCGAACGAAGACAACCUUCUUCAUCAAGAUCCGGAUGCCAUGGACAUCGAUGAGGAAGAAGACGAGGAAGCCGAGGACCGGGAAGUAAUUCAGGCAGCAAUGGAUGACUACGGCAUCGAACUCGACUUUGACAAGCUCGACGAGGAGCUAAAGGACUCGGACGAUGCCAACAUUGAAGAGAUCCUUGACGAGAAAAUCGUUUCCCUCACGACAGAACUUGAGAAACUGAAUCCAAACAUGCGAGCCAUUGACCGACUAGGGGACGUAGAGUCUCGGUUGAAGGACACGGAGCGAGACUUUGAAAAGGCGCGUCUGGCACAAAAGCGAGCACGCGAUGCCUUCAACGAGAUUAAGACGCGGCGGUUCGAACUCUUCAACAAGGCCUUUAGUCAUAUCCAGGAACAGAUUUCGCAUGUCUACAAGGACCUCACAAGAUCCGAGGCUUAUCCUCUCGGCGGACAGGCCUACCUCGACAUCGAGGAAGAUACUGACACUCCCUAUCUCUCAGGCAUCAAGUACCAUGCAAUGCCCCCUUUGAAACGGUUCAGAGAUAUGGAGCACCUUUCCGGUGGAGAAAAAACAAUGGCUGCGCUUGCUCUCCUCUUCGCCAUCCAUAGCUAUCAACCCAGUCCCUUCUUCGUGCUCGAUGAGGUGGAUGCAGCGCUGGAUAACGCGAAUGUGGAGAAGAUCAAAAAGUACAUCCGAGAACAUUCUGGGCCGGGCAUGCAGUUUGUGGUCAUCAGUCUCAAGACCGGCCUGUUUCAAGACAGCGAGAGCUUGAUCGGUGUUUACCGUGACCAAGAUGUUAACAGUUCCAGAACACUGACUCUAGAUCUCCGCAAAUACGCUUAA